AUGUCGAUCGUUGAGCAGCUCCCCCAGUUGCAGCAAACCCAAAUCCCCUUUACGGGGUCACUUUCUGUGAAUACCAUAGAACCUGCCGCGUUGUCAACCGCCGAGUACCUUCUUCAGUUGGAACCAUUUCAAAUCCCGGUCACGGCCUUCGCCUCACCAGAGGAGACCAAGAAUGCAUACGACCAAGCUCGCCUGCUCUGCAGGCAUUUCAACCUCAGCAUCCACGACAUCAAAAACCUGACACCCCGCUUCUGGUCCUUCCACACCUCGCGCAUCCACGUCCAAACCUGCGCCGCCUCGACCCUCCUCAGCAUCCACUGGAACCUCUGCAUCGGCACCCUCGCCCACUACACCUCCUCCAACCGCCGUCCGGACCUCCACCCGCUCCUCGCCCGCCUCCUCCGCUUCGACCAGAUCGGCCAAUUCCUGCUGACCGAAAUGGGCCACGGCCUCGACGCCGCGCACCUCGAAACCACCGCCACUUUGCAGUCUGAUGGCAGCUUCUCGCUGCACACGCCGCGCAUGGCCGCCGCCAAGUUCAUGCCGCCGACGACGCCGGAGGCGGGCGUCGCCGCCGGCGCCGUCGUCUUCGCGCGGCUGGUCGUGGGGGGAGAAGACCGCGGCGUGCGGCCGUUCUGGGUCGAGCUGCACGACGGCACGUGUAUGGCCGAGGGCGUGACGUCGAUCAAGCUGCCGCGAAGGGCGGGCGCGGCGGCGGUCGAUCACGCGGUGACGGUGUUUACGCACAAGCGGCUGCCGCCGGGUGCGAUGCUGGACAACAGUGAUGGGGUGGCGGCAGCGUUCGCGCGGCCGGAGAAUCCGAAGAAGCAUUUUUUGGGAUUGCUGCACCGCGUCGCCGUCGGCACCAUGUCGCUGACGAUGAAGUACGCCGCGGACCUGAGGCAGGCGGCGUAUAUCGCGGGGCGGUACUCGCAGCGAAGGACGGUGACGGGGCCGAAGGGGCAGAAGGUGCGGAUUAUCGAGUUCCGCACGCAGCAGCGGCCGAUUCUGCAUGCGUUGGCGCAGGCGGCGGUGUUUGAGGCGGGGGCGAAGUAUUGUGCGGAGCUGUUCACGAAGGCGAAGGAUCAUCGUGUGAAGCAUGGUGUGGCGGCCGCGUUCAAGGCGGGCGUGACGUGCAUGGCGCAGGAGUCGCUGGUGCAGCUGGCGGACCGGUGCGGCGCGCAGGGCUUGUUCGAGCACAAUGGCAUUGUGAGGGCGCAGAUGGAUAUGCGCGGGAAUUCGAUUGCUGAGGGCGAUGUGUUGGCGUUGAGUAUUCGCCUAACAUCCGAGCUCCUCCUCGGCCGCUACUCGCUGCCCCCCUCGCCCCACCCCGACUCGCUCCCAUCCCUCUACUCCGCCGGCCUCCUCGCCGAAGCCGCCGCCAUCGCCGCCGAAAUCAUGUCAACCCCUUCCCCCUCCGACAGCACCUCCUCCUCCUCCUCCCACCGCUCCGCCCGCUUCAACGCCUCCAUCCUCCCCCUCGCCCAACCCCUCGUCGAAGCCCUGGGCUGGCGCCUCGUCCACGACGGCGCCGCCGCUCCCGGCAGCGGCGUCGACCCCGACCUGCUCGCGCUGUUCGAGGCGGGCGUGGCGGUCAGGGGAGCGAGUUGGUUCGUCGAGAACGGCGUCGAGGGGUGCGAGAGUAGGCGGGCGAUCAUGGCGCGGGAGGAGCGGGCGAUUGAUAGGCUGGUGGGCAGGUUGGAUGGGUUGUUGGGGGGGUUGGGAGUGGAGGGGUAUUUGAGGGGGAGGGUGCCGAUACUGGGGGAGGGGGAGUGGGAGGGGUUUGUGGGGGGGUUGCCGAGGUUUGAGGGUGGUGGGAGUGGGAGUGGGAGUGUGAGGAGGAGGGGGGAGGCGAGGCUUUGA